AUGGGGCAGAAACAGUCCCAACAGCCGUCUCCCAAGGACAGCCAAGAGGUUCUCAGCGUCUGUGAGGUGUUCAGUGGAGCUAUCGCGCAUGCCGCUCAGAAAUUGGAGGAGUUCCUUGGAUUUGAAGACCCUCUGAGCAAUCUGAGCCCAGCUCCAGACACUCUGAAUGAGAUCUUCUUAAUCCACUUUGUCACUUUCUGCCAAGAAAAGGGCGUGGAUGAGUGGCUCACCACCACCAAGAUGACCAAGCACCAAGCCUUCCUGUUUGGGGCCGACUGGAUUUGGACCUUUUGGGGAUCUGAUAAGCAGAUAAGGCUCCAGCUGGCGGUACAGACUCUGCCUAUGUCUUCUCUUCCUCCUGUCACGUCUAAGCCUUGUGAGUCCUCCAAUCCAGAAUCCAGGGCAGAGUCUCUCCGGAAGAGCAGAUUUGAAAAGCUGGACGAAUUCUGUAGCUUGAUAGGAGAGGAUUGUCUGGGCCUGUUUCUCAUCUUUGGGGUGCCAGGAAAGCCUAAAGACAUCAGGGGGGUUGUCCUGGACAGCGUCAAAAGGGAGAUGGCCAGGGGCCGUCUGCCAGGAGGGAAGGCUGUGGCACAAUUUGUCCUGCAAACGAAAGACUGUGUCUCCGUUAGAGAGCUGCUUGGAAACUAUCUGAGUAAGAAAGAUGGGCUGCGAGAGGUGGGCAAGGCGUACAUUAGUGUCCUCUGA